AAUCGGUUUCCAAAAAGGGACUCCCGCGGCAAGGCGGAUGGUCUAUCUCGCAGCUUCACGCCUGUUCCGACAACUCCUCUGCUGGAUGCGCAGUGUUUUUGAACCUCGUCUGUCUUUUCUGUAUAUCUGACGCUUUCGCCAUGCGUCCACAGCCUCAUCUUCACAUCCGCAGCGAUUUGAACAUUCGACCGCAUUAUGAUAGCCCAGGAUACGAUGCGAUCAAGAGUCCUCAGCUCGGAGAUCCGCUUUCCGCUUUCUAUGCGCACGAAUUAAGUGGUCUGCGGUGGCAAGCGCUGCGUAUUCAGCUCUCGGAGGACGACCGGACAGUUGCCGGGGAUGGGUUACUACUGCACCGCGACGGCCUCUCUCCGCUGCUGGUCCCGAGCAACGACGCUCAAGUUGAUGCUGGACAGUGGGCACAAUUCCCGCCACAGACCACCCAUUCGGUCUCCUCCCCACGGCAGCGGUCUGGCUUUCCGCGUAACACUGCUACGGGUAUAGCCGAGUCGAUCCCUCCCUCACCCGUCCUCUCAGAUUCCGGUCUGGCGUCCCCGUCCCUCCCUGUCCUCUCUCCGCAAGCAUCGGAGCGCUCGAAGCCCGCCACGGCGCGCAAGCGCAAGCGGACACGCUUCCCACUGCCUGCUUGGCUGCAUUCCCAGGUGUCCUGGAUCGCGUUGUACUUUACGUUCAACCUCGGGCUUACGCUAUACAACAAGCUGGUACUCGUGCGCUUCCCGUUCCCGUAUACGCUUACGGCACUGCAUGCGUUGUGUGGAACGCUCGGCGGCUGGGCACUACGUCACCAGGGAACGUACGUUCCUGCGCGGUUGACAUCACGGCAGCAUGGCGUCCUAGCAGCGUUCAGCGUGCUAUAUGCGGUGAAUAUCGCCGUGAGCAAUGCCUCGUUACAAUUGGUCACUAUACCGUUUCACCAAGUCGUCCGUGCUGCGACUCCCAUAUUCACGACUGCACUAUCCAUGCUAUUGUUCGGAACACAUUUCAGCAGGCUGAAGAUCAUGACGUUAUUGCCCGUAAUGGCAGGCGUAGCACUAGCUACAUAUGGCGAUUACUAUUUCACGAUUUGGGGUCUCCUUCUGACACUACUGGGUACAUUCCUUGCUGCACUCAAGACAAUCUACACCAACGUUCUCCAAUCUGCACCACCACUCACUUCCUCAUCUAAUACAAGGCGCACUCCUACCACGUCCAUGCGAGGUGCCUUGCUUGUCCCGCCGCGCCUUGCGCUGCAUCCGCUCGACCUCCUCACGCGCACUUCUCCUCUUGCAUGUGCGCUCUGCUUGGUGUAUGCCUACUUUUCGGGCGAGCUCGGGCGCGUUCGGCACUCUUUUGCGGAAGAGGGUGUCGCGGGCUGGGCACGAUUGCUCGUGCUCCUAGGGAACGGCACCAUCGCGUUCGGUCUGAACGUCGUCAGCCUCAGCGCGAACAAGCGGAUUGGGGCCCUCAAUAUGACUGUCGCAGCUUGGUACGAUCUGAUGGCUUCCCAUACAGCGAACGUGAAGCAGGCCCUCACGAUUCUCUGCGCGGUUUCUCUCUUCCAGCUGACGAUCACACCACUGAACGCGCUCGGCAUCUGCGUCACGCUCGCGGGCGGGGCGUGGUACGCAUGGGUCGAGUAUCUCGCCAAAAUGGAGAAGAAACACGGACAGCGGAACCGAGUUUUGCCCCGUGGCAUCUCGGUCGCCUAG